UUUUACAUUGUGAUGGCGGAAGGAGACAUAAAAAGGUGCACAAGGUGUCAGAAUGACAGAGAGAGACCAGAGAGAGAGAGAAGGAACAGCUUCUGGUUCGCUGCCAACUGGAAAUGCCGCCAUGUAGUCCUCGGCCAGCUUGACCACCUCCUCCAGCGACGUCGGGCGGUAGCACUGGACCCACUCUGCCAUCCGUCGAGGAAGCUGGGAGAUGAAUUGCUCCAGUGUCACCAGAUCAAGGAUCUCCACAGUGCCGUGGGCUCCCUCAGCCAGCAACCAUUUUUGGCAGGCAUCCUGGAGUUGUUGGGCAAAAGCAAACGGCCAUGUUUCCCGAACCUCAGGGACCUGAAAUGUUGGCGGCUCUGUUCGGGAGUAUGGCCAACCCGUUCCAUGAUGACCCUCUACAGGUCUUUAUACUCGAGGAGGCUGGCGGCAGGAAGUUGCUGGGCCGCUAGCUGUGCUUCCCUGGAGAGUAGCAGUAACAGGCGGUCUACCCACUGGUCAGGAGGCCACUUCCACACUUCAGCUGUCUUUUCAAAGAGGUCAAGGAAGGCCUCGGGAUCAUCGCCUGGCCCCAUUUUGAUGAGAGUCACUGGCAAUGUGGGCUCUGGGGUAGCAGCUGCAGCCCCCUCUCAGUCCAUCAGGCUCCGGAAUGCCUGUCAGUCCUCCGCUUGUGCCUGGAGCAGGAGUUGGAAUCUCUUUUUUAAUAUUUUGUUUUAAUAAAAGUUUACUGCAUUUUAUAUUUUUUAAAAAAUACAGUAUUUUGUAUCUUGAAAAUACACAAAAUACAUGUAAAAUUGGCCAUUCAAUGAAGUAUCACUAUUAGGCUGAAAUCCAUCUGGACCUAUUCUGUAUGGAAAGAACAUUUUGGUGUACAACUACUUAGAAACUUUUGUUUUCAUUUCAUUUCUCUUCCUUUCCCCUGUCCAGUUGAAAAUAAGAAAUGACAAAAAAAACAUUUAUUAUGUAUGUGUUAUUUUACUUGGACAUCGCACUUGAUAUAAACUAUGGUAAUGGUUUAUAUCAAAGUAACA